AUGUCCCCACCCUGCCCCACAGCCACCGAGGCUCCCCGAGAGGCGCUGCGCUUCCACGAGGACACCAAGGGCGCGCAGGUGCAUCUGGACGCGCUGGCUAGCACGGCGUGCAGGCGCGCCACCUUCUACGAUGGCAUCGUGUUCAGCCAGCGGCCGGUGCCCCCUGGAGAGCGUGUGGCACUGCGCGUGCUGCAGCAUGAGGGUGGCUGGUGCGGUGGCCUCCGCGUGGGCUUCACGCGACUGGACCCUGCGCACGUGUCCGCGCCCAGCCUGCCGCCCUUCGUGUGCCCGGACCUGGAGGAGCUGAGCCCGACAUGGGCCGCGGUGCUGCCCGAAGGCAGCGUGCUCCCCGGGAAUGUGGUCUGCUUCUGGGUGGACCGCCGGGGCCGGCUCUUUGCCAAGGUCAACGCGGGCCGCCGGCUCCUUCUGCGGAAAGACGUGCUCCUGGGCGCGCCGCUCUGGGCGGUGAUGGACGUGUAUGGCACCACCAAAGCCAUCCAGCUGCUGGACCCCACAGCCAGCCUGGGUCCCACCGCUGUGCCGGCCGUCCGCAGGGAGGAGGCUUUGCCUGAGCAGGAAGUCACACCAGACAACGAGUGCAUCAUCUGCUUCCAACAUGCUGCCGACACCUGUCUUGACCCCUGUGGCCACUCACACUUCUGCAGCUCCUGUGCCCAGCGGAUCUUCAGGGAUACCGCCACGUGUCCUGUGUGUCGCUGGCAGAUCAAGGCAAUAGCCACAGUGUGGUCACCGAGGACUGGGGAAGGCUCAUGA